AUGAUCUCCACGAAAGAGAAGUCCAAGGCCCCCAAGGAUAGCAUGACGCUCCUUCCGUGCUUCUACUUUGUGGAGCUCCCGAUCGUGGCUUCCUCCAUCGUGACGCUGUAUUUCCUGGAGCUGACCGACCUCUUCAAGCCAGCCAAGGUGGGUUUCCAGUGCUACGACCGGGCCCUGUCCAUGCCUUACGUGGAGACCAAUGAGGAGAUGAUUCCUCUGCUGAUGCUUCUCAGCCUGGCCUUCGCUGCUCCUGCCGCCUCGAUCAUGGUCGGGGAAGGCAUCAUCUACUGCCUGCAGUCCAAGCUGAAGGGGCGCAGUGGGUCGGAGGGGAGCAUCAACGCCGGCGGUUGCAACUUCAACUCCUUCCUGCGCAGGACUGUAAGGUUUGUGGGGGUCCACGUGUUCGGACUCUGUGCCACCGCCCUGGUGACGGACGUGAUCCAGCUGGCCACUGGCUACCACGCCCCCUUUUUCCUGACCGUCUGCAAGCCCAACUACACGCUGCUGGGGAUCUCCUGCGACUCCAACCCUUACAUCACCCAGGACAUCUGCUCGGGCCAGGACCAGAAUGCGAUUCUCUCUGCCAGGAAGACUUUCCCGUCCCAGCAUGCAACGCUCUCAGCUUUCGCUGCUGUCUACGUGUCGGUAAGUUCACCCGCUUCUCUCCUUAUCUCCCCGACUUGCAACCACGGGCUGAUGCAAGUAUGUGGAGCCCGCAGACACACGCCUGCCCCCGCUCUCCCCUCCUUUGGCCAGAUGUAUUUCAACUCCAUCAUCUCAGACAGCACCAAGCUCCUGAAGCCCAUCCUGGUCUUCGCCUUCGCCAUCGCCGCCGGCGUCUGCGGCUUGACCCAGAUCACCCAGUACCGCAGCCACCCUAUCGACGUCUACGUGGGCUUCCUCAUCGGCUCCGGGAUUGCGGCCUACCUGGCGUACCACGCGGUGGGCAACUUCCAAGCGCCGACCGAGAGGGCCCCGGCCAAUCCCCCCACCAAGGACGCCCUGCGGGCCCUGACCCAGCGGGGCCACGACUCGGUGUACCACCAGAAUAAGUCGGUCAGCACGGACGAGCUCAACCCCCAGACCCGGCUGGACGGGGUGAACCGCCAGGUCCAGCGGGAGAAGAACUCCCUGGGCAGCCUGAAACGGGCCAGCGUGGACGUGGACCUGCUGGCCCCCCGCAGCCCCAUGGGCAAGGAGAACAUGGUCACCUUCAGCAACACCCUGCCCCGGGUCAACACCCCCUCCAUGGACGACCCCGCCCGGCGCCACAUGACCAUCCACGUCCCCGUGGACGCCUCCCGCUCCAAGCAGCUCAUCACCGAGUGGAAGCAGAAAUCCCUGGAGGGCCGGAGCAUGACGCUGGCCGAGGAGGCCAGCGGGCACGCGAGGGCUGGCUCAGACUCGGUGGGCGCGGAUGAAGAGGAGCACGUCCCCCCCUCACUCUACCCGACGGUGCAGGCCCGCACGGCCGAGCGGGCCGCCAUGGGGCCCCGGGUUCUCAUCCAGCCCCGGCCGGGGGCGUCCCAGCUGGUUCACAUCCCCGAGGAGAGCCAAGGCACCGCCAACAUCUCGCCCAACAGCAGCUCGGCCGUGCGGGCCAAGUGGAUGAUGAUGGCGGAGAAGGGGGCGGGCCAGCGGGUGGCCAACCCACCUCGACUCAUGCAGGUCAUCGCCAUGUCCAAACAGCAGGGCCUGGUGUCCGUCACCCCCAAGCACUCGGAGACCUCCUCGUCCUCCACCAGCUCCGACUCCUCCCAGUACCGCUCGCCGUCAGAGCGGGACAGCUCCAGCAUCGUCACCAUCGACGCCCACGCCCCGCACCACCCCGUGGUGCACCUCUCCUCCGGCAACGGGCCCUGGGAGUGGAAGGUGGCCCAGAAAGGCUCGGACGGGCAGGAUGCCUACGAGCUGAACGAGAUGGGCAAGGAUUACCGGGGCUUCCGGCCCACCAGGAGCGCCGGCGUCUCCCCGGGCUCCUCCGUCAGCGACAUCGAGCAGGACGAGCCGCGCUACGGCAGCGUGGCCACCAUCAACGUGGUGCCGGGAGGGGGCGGGGUGGCGGAGCGGAGCGAGGGCAUCCCGGAGAAUGUGCUAGGCCCUGCCAGCCGAGAGUCCACCCUGCGGAGGAAGCCCGCCGGCCUGACGGUCAGCGAGAAGGACGGACACACGGACAACGAGGCGGAAAACUACUACAAGAAAAUCCAAGCCAACCGGAGAUUUAAGGAGUAA